CAUGCGCGCUGAGCGGGAAGUUCCCUUCUCAAGAUGGCUGCAGCCAGGCACUUGCGGAGGGCCUGCGGAACUCUCCGCACAGCUAAUUCUUUCUCGGUCUUCAGGGGUCUGGCUACAGUCAUUCCCAAGGUCUCCCAAGUUGAUAAUUCUUCUGAUUUCUUGGGCAAAAUUCCACACCGCAAGCAUCCUGGCAUCCUCCAUCUCAAAAGUGUCAGGCUUCCUCCUGAAUUGGUAGAAGUGGCUCGCUUUCUGGUGGCCGAAUCCUCCAUGCGCAGUCUGGAGGAAAAGACCAAGUCCCUCACCAACUACCUCUGGAGCCGCAAGCGCCCCCUGGAGGCUGAGGAGUUGCGCAGGAAGGCGCACCAGGUGGAGCAGAAGCUACGGGAGGAGGCGGUAGCUUAUGCCCGUCAGAAAGAUGCACUAAACUCUCUGGAUGAAGUUGCACUGAACUCUCUGGAUGAAGCUGCUGAGAAGAAGCUUCGGCAAAAUGUCUUGAAUGUCCUCCGUAAAACAACUUAUCACUGGGAGGCGCUGGAAUACACCGAAGAGCUCAGCUUUCUCUACAUGGUAGCCCGAAUGGAUGGAGUGUUUGCAGCAGUGUCCCGAGCUUUCCACGAGAUCCAGAAGAGAGUCCCAGACUUCCAGCCCCACACCUUGCUAGAUUUUGGUUCGGGGACCUCCGCUGUGAGCUGGGCAGCACACGGCAUCUGGGGUAAGACUCUUACCGAAUAUAUGAAUAUCGACAGCUCAGCUCCAAUGUUGGCCUUGGCGGAGAAGCUGAUGAGAGGCUUGUCUGAAGACCAGCAACUCUGCUUCCCCGGUGUUUAUUUCCGGCAGUUCCUCCCUGUCUCACCAAAGGUGAAAUUUGACCUCGUCGUAUCUGCUUUCUCUCUCAAUGAACUCCCAGGUCAUUCUCAGAGAGUCGAGACCGUGCAGACUCUCUGGAGAAAGACAGAUGGCUUUCUGGUUCUGGUAGAAAACGGAACCAAGGAAGGUCAUCAGAUGCUCAUGGAGGCCCGAGAUGUUGUGUUGAAGGGCAUGGAUAAAGUAGUUCAUGACCCCCGAGAAGCUCAUGUUUUUGCUCCGUGUCCGCACCAUUUGCCCUGCGCUCGCUUGUCACCCGACCGUCCCCUGCCAUGUAACUUCAUCCAGACGUAUGUCCCCUUGCCUUUCCGUUGGAAUCCAGACAAGAAGGAGGAGAAAUUUUCCUUCCUGAUCCUGCGUCGCGGUCCAGAGGAGUCGGAGGAGCCCUGGCCUCGGAUUACCCAGCCGGUGCUUUGCCGGCCUCGCCACGUCCACGUCCACCUGUGCUGUGCUGACGGCAGUCUCCAGCACGCAGUGGUUACUCCUAAAAAACAUGGCAGGGAUCUUUACCGAUGCGCCCGGAAGAGCCACUGCGGAGACCGCCUCCCUGUUUUGAACCUGGCUAGCGAGCCGGCCUCGGAAGCAGAGAAAGCCCACACGGACAAGGACCAGCACUGAUGGAGCACCUUCCUUUGUGUUCGUCAACCUCUCAGUGACAUCCUAUGCCACGUUGGGGCACGGAUGUGGGCUAGCACACCAGAGUCGACAUCUGAAGCCAUAGGCCAGUGUUCCAGGCCUCUUGGCUGGAGUAUAGCGAAGUGACCUUAGAGCAUCGGUAUGACUUGAGCCAUUCUGCAUGGUUGACAUUAAACACCUUGGAUCAACCUCUCUGCUCCUUACAGAUGUGAUGAAUUGAGUGCCAUUCUGCUAGGUCCGACAUGGCCACGUGUAGUGGCUGCAGAUUUAUUCAUGUGGCGUCCUCUGGAGCAUGAGUUACAACGGCCUUCCUCAACCUGGUGUGCUCCAGAUAUGUUGGCUGGGGGAUUCUGGGAGCUCUCUUCCAGAUGUGUCGGACUACAUCAGGCUGCAGAAGGCUGAGUUACACAGCUUGCUAAUCAUGGACACGGUGACAGCCUAUAAUCCAGGGCUGCAGCGUUUAAGGCCCAGGGAUCAAAUCCAGUCUGUCUGUGGUCCCAAUCUGGGGAACUUUGGAGGGCCAGAUGGCAAACACACACACACCCCGAGCACUGAUGGUUUGGUGCUUCUGUAACACCCCCAUUAUAAAAGAUUGGGAAGCUCCUCCAAAGGCUUUGUUUCUGGCAGUAAAACCCUAACCUGCCAGAGUGUCGUGAUUCCAAACCCUCCCACUGCGAUGUGAAACAAUAAAGAGGUCUGUCGUGCAAGCCACAAA